GCCAGGUAGGCACGUCGGUUAGCUAGGCUGCUUACAGUGCACUGGCGUAUCUAGUCUUCAAAUCUAUGACCACAACAGCGGAAAUAUUUUUGAAAACUACGUUAGCUGAGACGGACGGUUAGCGCACGUUGGCUAACGUUAGCUGGGUUAGUUUAGCAUCAAGUCCAGUCGCGUGAACGUUACGUUUUAACCCUUCUCCACGUCUUCCCGCAUCAAGUGCCUUUUUUUUUUUUUUUUUUUUUUUACGCCAAUGUGGGGCCAUGUCGCAGAAUAAAAGAUUGUCCAACACUCAGAGCUCCUCGCUGAGUAAAAGACUGAGCGGCACGCCAGUUGCUGCGGGUGAGGAUGAAGAUGCAACUCAGCCGAGCACGUCGCAGGUUGAGAGAAGCCUCAAGAAGCUCUUGCCUGCCCAGAUUGACCAGAAGACGGCUGAGGUGGUGGAGUACAUCCUGGUGAAGGAUCAGAAAAAGAUACCCAUACGGCGAGGAGACCUGGUGAAACACGUGAUCAAAGAGUACCGAAACGUCUACCCUGAGAUCAUGAAGAGAGCGGCGCACACCUUUGAACAGGUUUUUGGCCUUAAAUUGGUUAAUAUAGACGCGAAGAAUCAAUUGUACAUCCUCAUCAAUAAACUUGAGGCAAUUGCUGGAGGCCCGUCCUUUAGCUCGCCCGACCCAAAGAUGGGACUCCUCUUUGUCAUCCUGAGUGUCAUCUUCAUGAAACGGGGUGUGGCCAAAGAAGUCUUGUCUGCGCCCGCAGCCCUGAUUUGGAGCGUGCUCGGGAGACUCUGCGUUGACCCCGCAAAGAGACAUGAGGAAUUUGGCGACGUCAAGAAGAUGGUCACAGAUGAGUUUGUGCGUCAAAGGUACCUUGAGUAUGUACCCAUCUCCCACACUGACCCACUUGAACACAACUUUCUCUGGGGUCUGCGUGCUAAUGUGGAAGUCUCCAAGGCUAAAAUCCUUCAAUUUGUGGCAGAACUUCAUGAUCUGGAUCCUCAGAGCUGGACAAGUCAAUACAGAGAAGCCCACAACACUCAAGACAAUCAGCUUGUCCCGUUAGGGGUCGCCACAGCGCGUCAUCCUUUUCCAUAUCACAAUGUCACCUGCAAACAUCAUGGUCCAUGGGGAUUCCAGUCUAACCUCAUCUGUCAGCCUAUCCAUCACCACUGCAAAAAGGAAGGGGCUCAGGGCUGAUCCCUGAUGCAGUCCCACGUCCACCUUAAAUUACUCUGUCCCACCUACAGCACACCUCACCGCUGUUCUGCUGCUCUUGUACAUGACCUGUAUUAUUCUAACAUACUUCUCUGCCACUCCAGACUUCCGCAUGCAGUACCACAGUUCCUCUCUGGGUACUCUGUCAUAGGCUUUCUUUAGAUCUACAAAGACACAAUGCAGCUCCCUCUGACCUUCUCUGUACUUUUCCAUCAACAUCCUCAAGGCAAAUAAUGCAUCUGUGGUACUCUGUUGCUCGCAAAUACUCACUUCUGUCCUGAGUCUAGCCUCCACUACUCUUUCCCAUAACUUCAUUGUGUGGCUCAUCAACUUUAUUCCUCUAUAGUUGCCACAGCUCUGCACAUCACCCUUGUUCUUAAAAAUGGGCACCAGCACACUUUUCCUCCAUUCCUCAGGCAUCUUCUCACGCACUAGAAUUCUAUUGAACAAGCUGGUCAAAAACUCCACAGCCACAUACUUCACAAUAUGUAGUAUACAGCGUAUAUAAGAAGUCUACACACCUGUGUUCAAAAGCCAGGUUUGUGUGGCUUGUACUAAAUGUCAGGAAAAGCCUACUGAAACAUCUGAACUUUCUUUCAGGUUAAUAACCAGCACUUUAAAUGAUGGCAGGUGCAUGUUGACUGUAGAGAGGUAAAGUUGAUGACCCACACAAUGAAAUCAUGGGGAAAGUAAGGCUGCGUGAUAUGGCCCAAAACCAAUAUCUUGAUAUUUUUAGCCUAUAUCCUGAUAUAUAGUGUGUGUGUGUGUGUGUGUGUGUGUGUAUAUAUAUAUAUAUAUAUAUAUAUAUAUAUAUAUAUAUAUACACACAUAUAUAUAUAUAUAUAUAUACACACACACACACACAUAUUUCUACUUGUUAAACAGCACAAUACUGUAGGUUCACCAGGCACAUUACAAAAACAGGAACAAGGCUGCAGGGUGCAUAAAAAGCCUACACACCCCUGUUCACAUGCCAGGGUUUUGUUUUGUUUCGUAAAAUAAUUCAAACCAAAAAUAAAUAUUUUUCUCCACCAUUAAUGUGACCAACUGUAGAAUUUGUCCAACUCAACUGAUUUAUUUUUGUAUCUUUUUGAGAGGGUAGGUGAAAACAAACAACUGAAAUGCACUUCAAUGAGAUUGACUUGGACUUGACGUUUAACUUGCUGCCUUCUUUGCCAGGUCACCAUUCCAAAAAGAGAGGUUCUGUUUUUACUCGUCUUUUACCUGGUUAAAUAAAGCUUCAAUAAAAUAACUUCAAUCUGCUUCUCUUAUAACUGGCAUGUGGCUUUGUUCAGAAGUAACCAAUCACAUUCAAACUCAUGUUCAAUGGGAGUCCACACACACUUGCCGCCAUUUCAAUUUUUAAGUGAAAAAAAAAAAAAAAAAACAUGCAUAGGUCCUUGAUGAAACAUUUGCUUUAUCUGGUCUCGUUUUAGAAAAAAAUCAGGACAACUGACAGGGUGUGAAAGAGUGUAAAUAUCUCAGCAAUUCAAUUUUUGCAUGUUUUCAGUACUUGCCUUCAAACAUAUUUAACCUAUUAAGGGGGGGGGGGGGAUGACAUUGUCUUCAAGUACAGUUCAGUUGUAUUGCCUACAUUUGCAUUUAAUCAUUAAGAAAUGUUCGUUUUUAAACAUUUAGGAACAAUUUGUAUUUAACAUAUACAUUUUAACUGAAUCAUUAUUUGAGUAGUUUUUAUUUUAUUGUAUGUAAGCUUAGUGUUAACAUUCAAACUGUGCAUAAUGUUGCAGUGAAUAAAU